UUGUAUACAUGGCAUAUUUUAAUUCGGUAAUUUUUCGUGUAAAUUAUGAGAUGAAUAAUUAAAUUAAUGAAUUGUUUUUUAAAAAAUGGCAUUCGUCAGUGCUGUGACCGGCGAUGAUUCUACAAAGAAGUUCAUGGACGUUUUACAAAAUGACUUCAAAACACUCAGUUUGGAGACUAAAAAGAAAUAUCCUCAGAUAAGAGAGGCAUGUGAUGAGGCUAUAGAGAAAUUAGCACUUGCUUCAAAUAAUCCACAAGCAUCACUGUAUGGAGUUGUGAACCAAAUACUGUACCCUUUAGUACAAGGAUGUGAAUCAAAAGAUAUAAAAAUUAUUAAGUUCUGUCUGGGCACCAUACAACGUCUGAUAGCACAGCAAGGUAUAGAUGCAAAGGGAGCCAGACAUGUGGUGGACUGUCUGUACAACCUCGGCCAGGCUGGAGUAUUAGAGCUAAAACUGCUACAGACCGCAGCAUUGUUGAUGACUACCUCAGAUCUUGUACAUGGAGAUACAUUAGCGAGGACAAUGGUAAUGUGCAUGCGUACAGUGUCAGCGAGUGAGGCGCGGGAUGUGAGCACGAGCCACGCGGCCGCGGCCACCGUGCGCCAGCUAGUCGCACUUGUAUUUGAACGAGCACUCGCUGAAGCUGAUGGUAAAUUGAAAGUGAAUCCCGCAGAUGUUAGGUUACAGACAAAUACUAGAGCACCUAAAGAACUGAAGCCGUGUGCGACUGACGCUUAUCUUAUAUUGCAAGAUAUAAUUCAAUUGAUAAACGGCGACGCGGCGCACUGGCUGGUCGGUAUAUCCGAUGUUCCCAAGACAUUCGGACUGGAACUCCUAGAUACCGUACUCACAGAUUUCUCUGAAGUAUUCUUUAAAAUCCAAGAAUUCAGAUUUCUACUCAAAGAGCAUGUGUGUGCUCUUAUAAUAAGACUGUUUUCGCCAAAUGUCAAAUACAGAGCUGCGUUCACCGCGCUGCAUAUCCCCGGGGGUGGGGGCGGGGGCGCAGUCGCCGGAGCGGGGGCGGGGGCGGGCAGUCCGGCCCCCGAGCGGCCCCACUUCCCCGUCACCAUGCGGCUGCUGCGCCUCGUCUCCAUCAUCGUGCACAAAUACCAUGAAGUGCUGGUGACGGAAUGCGAAAUCUUCCUGUCGCUGACCAUCAAGUUCCUGGACCCCGACAAGCCGCUGUGGCAGCGCGCGCUGGCGCUGGAGGUGCUGCACAAGAUGACCAUACAGCCACAUCUAUUAAAGGCGUUCUGCGAGUGCUACGACAUGAAGCCGCACGCCACCAACAUCUUCCAGGACAUCGUGAACGCGCUCGGCGCCUACGUGCAGAGCCUCUUCGUCGCCAACCAGCUCAACCAGCAGCUAGCAUCAUCAGGACUUCCUCAGCAAGCCGGCUUCUACUGGAAAGGAGUGUGGCUACCCCUUUGUGUGACUUUCGAGCCGGGAACAGCUAAAUCUGUGUAUAUAGAAAUGUUGGACCGCAGCGAGGCGCCGAGUAUUCAGGAGGGUUACGGCAUCUCCGUGGCUUACGCCUGCCUCAUGGAGAUCAUACGCUCCAUCGCCAUCAGCGUAGAAGGUGAUGAGUAUUUUAGGUUACAAGAAUUAUACGAAGACAUCCAGAAUGAUAGUGAGGAAAUUAUUUCUAGCAAAAAUGGAAAUAACAAUAAAGAAGUAGAAAGCACAACAGAAAGUACGGAUAUAUCGAAUAAUGGUCACAGAGGAGAACCAGAUCAGAACUCCAAUGUGGUGCAGAAGAUUAAUACGGAAAUAGAAGAGAAGGAGAAACUUGUUAUGUUACAGCUUAUAAAGUCAUCGUGGUGCGGCCUCGUGUGGGGCCUGUCAGUCCUAGCGGAGGCCAGCAUCGGCGAGCUGGAGAACAUCCUCUGUGCCAUACAGACCCUGGCCAGGGUCAGCGGGAAGGUGGGCGUGUCAGGUUCGCGCGACGCGUGCGUGGCUGCGCUGUGCCGCGCGGCGCUGCCGGCGCAGUACUGCGUGCCGGUGCUGGGCGCGCUGGGGGCGCUGGCCUGCCCCUGGGCGCCGGCUGCCCGCGCCCCCCACCCCUCCGCACCAGACCUGCGGCACCACGUCGUGUGGGUCGGCACCCCCCUCCCCUGCGCACAACUGCCCACUGGCCAGCAGCAGUCAUUCGUGAUGGUGACGUCCCGCCACGUGACCGCGAUGAAGGCGCUGCUGAGCGCGGCGCGCCGCGACGGCGACACCAUACAGCAGGCCUGGCUGCCCGUGCUCACCACGCUGCAGCACCUGGUGUGGAUCCUUGGCCUGAAGCCGUCAACUGGCGGCAGUAUGAAGGCGAGCCGCGCCAGUGCUGACGCCAACGCUGUCAUGAGCACCAGCGCUGUCAUGGCGGACUUGCCUGGUCAGCAAGUUCCCGUGGCCGAGUCUCUCGGAGUCAUGAGCGCUCUAUCCGCGAUGCUGUCGCGUGUCUUCGAAUCUUCGAAGAACUUGGAUGAUGUGGCACUUCAUCACCUUAUUGACGCGCUUUGCAAACUAUCCAAUGAAGCUAUGGAGCUUGCUUACUCUAAUAGGGAACCAUCAUUAUUUGCUGUUGCGAAGCUUCUAGAAACGGGCUUAGCUAAUAUGCACAGGAUCGAGGUUAUGUGGAGGCCGAUCACAAAUCACCUUCUAGAAGUGUGCCAGCACCCGCAUAUCCGCAUGCGCGAGUGGGGCGUGGAGGCGAUCACAUACCUCGUGCAGGCUGCCUUCCAGUACCACCACGCGCACCCCGCACUCGUCACUGAUGGUCGGCAGCGGCUGCUGCUGGAGCCGCUGGCGGAGCUGUGCGGCGUGCGGCACUGCGACGUGCGCGCGCGCCAGCUGGAGUGCGCCGCCAGGCUGCUGCACUCGCGCGGGGACCAGCUCGGCGCCGCCUGGCCGCUCAUGGUCGACAUCAUCUCCGCGGUCUCCGAGAGGCACAGCGAGCAGCUGGUGCGAUCAGCAUUCCAGUGCGCGCAGCUGGUGGCGGGCGACCUGCUGGGGUGCGCGGGGCCGCGCUGCCUGCGCCGCGUGCUGGCCGCUGCCGCUGCCUUCGCCAGGCAGACUAAGGAGCUCAACAUUAGUCUCACCGCUGUCGGACUUAUGUGGAACAUAUCUGACUACCUGUACCACAACCGCGACAAGCUGUCAGCGGCGCUGGCCAGCGAUCCAGUGUGCCCCGAGCUGCCGCACCACGCGGACCUGCCGCCGCUCGACAAGCUCUGGAUGUGUUUAUAUAUACGACUCAGCGAGCUGUGCACGGAGGCGCGCGCGCCGGUCCGCCGCGCGGCCAGCCAGACGCUGUUCAGCUGCAUCGGCGCGCACGGCACGCUGCUCAGCAAGCCCGCCUGGCGCGCGCUGCUCAACGUGCUCUUCCCCAUGCUGGACCAGGUUCAGAAGCAGUCCAACAUCGCGAGCUCGGAGAAGGUGGACACGGGGGAACACAUCCUGAUACAUCAUACAAGGAACACUGCGCAGAAGCAGUGGGCGGAGACGCAGGUGUUAACACUUUCGGGUGUGUCCCGAGUGUUCCACUCGCGCUUCCAGUUGCUGACUGGAGUGGGCGAUUUCCAGCGCUCCUGGGCUGCGCUACUAGAUUACAUCACUGACUUCGCAUUACGGAGGAGUCACGAGGUGUCGCUGGCGGCGCUGAAGUCGUUCCAGGAGGUGGUGUCUGCGGCGGGGCGCGCGGAGAGCGGCGCGGGCGCGGCCGUGUGGCCCGCCGCCUGGGCCGCUUGGAGCGACAUCGCCGCAUCCAUCGGAGACCAGCAACCAGUGCUAGAGGAAGGCAAGCCGGCAGAGGCAUAUGCGCCCUCGCAGAACUUCCUCACCACGCUUGUGCAGAUCUUCCCUCUCAUAUUCCAGCACAUACGAUCCACGUUCACAGCAAAUGACGUGCAGCGUCUAGGCGCGUGCUUAUCCCGCGUGUGCGCCGCGGAGCCCGCCAGCGCGCUCGCCGCCGGCGCCGCGCUCACGCCCGCCGCGCCCGUCACGCUGCACGCGUUACAUUGCCUGGAAGCGCUGCAUAAGGAGGCGUUAUCCCGUCAUGAGUUACUGCCGGCGCUGUUCGCCGCUCUAACCGGUCUUGCUGGCGCGUGCGGUGCGCGGCCGGAGCGCGGGGAGCGAGCGGGCGCGCGCUGCCUGGCCGCCGCCGCCGCGCUGUACCGCGCCGCGCCGCAACACAGCAAGCAACAGCUGCCGCUACUGCUGCAGGCGUUGCACUCAGCGGUGCAGAAAGGCGGGUCGGAUAAGAAGCGACGCAACAGCGACCCGCAAGAGGACGCCACGCAGAUUGCUUCCCUAUUAUUACAAGUGUUAGCAACAGGUCUUCCAUUAGCGCGAGAGAAGCCAGACGAUUAUGAAGAGUUUUGGGAGAUCUUGCCGACUGUUCUAGAAACUUUCAUGUUUGAACCACCUGUGGGCGGCGGCAGACAGGCGCGCGAGCUGGUGGGCGUGGUGCGCGAGGAGGUGCUGCGCGGCGCGCCCCGCACGCCCCCGCGACACGCCCACCGCGUGCUGGCGCUGCUGCGCGCCGCCGCGCUGCACGCGCAGCCCGGCCCCGCCAAAAACGAGCAAGAACUUCGUGAACGUGAGGAGUUCGCGCGCACCUGCUUCGAGACUCUACUGCAGUUCUCUAUGAUGGAGGACAUCGACUCGCUCACUGGAGGAGACGGUGAAGCGGACCCCCUGGCUAUCAUGCCUCUCCUGGACAGGUUCCAGGAGGUGGUCUCCAUGUAUACUAGUGAUGAAGAAAACACGGAACCUCUGCCAAGACAUCAGUUAUCAGAGAUAUCGUUCGUGCUGAAGGCGAUAGCGAGCCUGACGGAGGCGAUGAAGCGCGCGCCGCCGGGGAAAGUGGACGCCACCGCAUGGGAUAAGUUGAUAGGUGUGUACCCUGCGCUGGCGCGGCUGGCGGCGAGCGGGCGCGCGGGCGGCGCGGGCGGCGCGGGGCCGGCGCUGCGCGAGGCGCUGCUGCAGUUCGCGGCGCUGCUGGCCGCGCCGCGCCCCGCCCCCUAGCGCCGUCUGCUCUACUCCAUACGCAUAUAGAGCACGCACCUCUAGCGGCCUCGCAGCGCCAACGUUCGUGUUUUGUAAUAAAAAAGGUGCAAGCGGCCGCUGGGAGCGACUAAUAUGAGUACCACCAAAUAUACGUAGAUUAGUUAUAGAAUAUACAUGUACAGUCGGCAAAUAAGUUUCACAUUGAAUGCUAAAGAAAUGUAAUAAUUGUUAGUUAGAUAUUUAAACAAUAUUGAUGCCGUGACUUUUCUCGGGUAGAUAUUAGUUUUAAAUGCUUUUGUAAUAAAGCUGAAGAAUAAUGUAGCAUUUUAAUGUUGAAUUUUAGUUUAUUUGUAUUUUUUUGCCGACGCUACAUAUUGUAAAAGUAGAGUAAAUAGUAAAUAAGGAGAUAUUUUCUUUAGUUAUAUGUUGUAUAUCUAUCGACAAAAUGUCAUGUAUAAAUAUUAAAAUGAUUUUUUUGUAUAUAUUGAAGAAACGGUCUAGUAUUGCUAUUUUAUACAAGACUAAAUUAUUCCUUACUUAUGUUAUAUUGUAAUAUAGUAUUGUAGAUUUUAUUGUCUCUUUCCUUCUUUUUGUCAAAAUAGAGACAAAUAAGUGUCAAUAUAAGUGCAUUGCUUAAUUAGACCGACUAGUUAUUUAUAAUUUGAUAAAAAGCUUAAAAUAAACAACAUAACAGGUAUGAAGACCUGGUGACACUGACAGUUACUAGCGAGUGAGUAUUGACUGUGACUAGAUUCCUUAUCGGUCAAUAUAUGGUGACAAAAAUUUUAAAAUAGCCCGACUUUCGAACAUCCUGUAGCUGUGCUAAAAAAUUUAAAUUAUAAUGUUGAAAAUUGUGAAAUAUUUCUAGAAAGUAAACGUCAAUUUGAAGUGACAUUUAGGGUUGCAAUAUUAAAAUUUAAAAAGACAUUUCAUGUAUAAAUUAUAAUGCUUUUUUAAUAGUUAAACAUCUUAUUGCUAGAACAGAUUGCAAUGCGAGAUAGAUUUAGCAAUAAAAUUAAAGAAAAUAUUAUAAAUAAAGCUUAGUAAUAAUCGAUAUUUAGGAUUUUUAGCUUUGACACUUUAACUAUGUGUCAUUUCUUAUUUUAAUAGGCUUACAAUUAUGAGUAGAUUUUUUACAAAUAUGAAUAUGAAGUAGGGAUGUCGAAAUAGUAAAAAUUAUGCUUAAAUGCUAAAAUGGUAAAAAAUAAAAUA